GAUUCCCCUUAUUCGAACCGCCUUUUUCCUCCUCUUAACAAACUUCAACAGACGUUCCCUCAUUUUUCACAAACCCUAGAAACGAAACUAUUUCCACUCGAUUCGAUUUCUCCGAUCAAAUCCAUCCAAAAAUGUUGAGGCAGGUAACGAACAGGAUCGUCGGUCAAGGGCUGCGCUCCCCUGCGGCGGCGGCGCUGAGGAUGUACCACGAGAGGGUGGUGGAUCACUACAACAACCCUAGGAACGUCGGGGCGUUCGACAAGAACGAUCCCACUGUCGGCACGGGUCUUGUCGGAGCGCCGGCGUGUGGUGACGUCAUGAAAUUGCAGAUUAAGGUUGACGAGGAGAGCGGGAAGAUUGUUGAUGCUUGUUUCAAGACCUUCGGCUGCGGUUCCGCCAUCGCCUCCUCCUCUGUUGCCACCGAAUGGGUGAAGGGUAGACAAAUGGAAGAUGUUCUAUCAAUCAAGAACACGGAAAUUGCGAAACAUCUGUCUCUUCCACCGGUGAAACUCCAUUGCAGCAUGCUCGCUGAGGAUGCAAUAAAGGCUGCUGUGAAAGAUUACGAGGCGAAGCGUUCGAAAUCUAAUGAAACCACUGCGGAUAAAGCUGCUGCUGCUACUGCUUGAGGAUGUGCUGCUCAAAACAUUAUAUAAUAAUCAUGUCGCAAUAAUGGCUGUACGUGGAAAUCAAUAAGCCUCUGCUUUUAUACUCGUUUGAUGUAAUAUUUAAAGGAUAAUUGUGUACGAGCAUGUAUAGUGAAUUUUAUGGUAUUUACGUGGUCGAGUAUUUUCUGGUUGCUCUUUUUUUGUGCUUGUAUGUAGAAGUGCUUAACCGUAUUAGUGGAGUUUAGAUUUUCUAUUUGAAGUUAUAAAAUGGGAUGGCCAUUUCGAA